UCUCUGCGCGCGCGUCGCUGGUGGAUGACGUCAAGAGCGGCGACGUGUCAGUCAUGGCUGCCGAUAUAACAUUAUUAUUCAAAGCGAGCGUGAAAACGGUGAAAACUCGUAAUAAAGCGCUGGGUCUGCUGGAUUGUUCGAGCCGAGAGGAAGCCUGUGGAGUGAAGAGAGCGAGAGUCAGAGACAGUUUCAGCGGGAGAGCCAGAGAAGUGAUCUCGAACAUCUCGAAGCUGAAGGAGUUUCUGCUGCAGCACAGGAAGGAGUAUGUGAACGCCGGCAGUGUGAUGUGUUCGGAUGUGUCUCGUAUGACGGACAGUGAGAGAGAUCAGAUCGACCAGGAUGCACAGAUCUUCAUGAGGACCUGCGCAGACGCCAUCGGCCAGCUGCGAUCUGAGAUGGGCAAACAGGUGGUCUCUGCACAGGUGAAGGAUCAUCGUGCAGCAGUGCUGGAUCUGAUCGAGGUCUAUCUCAGAGGUGUGUGUAAGCUGUAUUCUGAACAGAGAGCUGUACGUGUGAAGAGAGUCGUGGACAAAAAGAGACUAUCCAGAUUAGAACCGGAGCAGAUCAGUCACAACAAACAGCAGAGCGACGGAGAGGAGAACAGCGAUAAACCGGUCUCAGACAGUAAUGUGGAUCUGUGGGAGGACAACAAAGUUGAUGAUGAUCUUUCACCAGAGGAAAUACAGAUGUUCGAGCAGGAGAAUCAGAGGUUGGUUGGGGAGAUGAACAGUCUGCUGGAUGAAGUCAGGCAGAUCGAGGGGAAGGUUGUGGAAAUCUCUCGUCUGCAGGAGAUCUUCUCUGAGAAAGUCCUACAGCAGGAGACGGAGAUAGACAACAUUCAUCAGCUGGUUGUUGGUGCCACAGAAAAUGUGAAAGAAGGAAAUGAAGAUAUUAGAGAGGCGAUCAAGAACAACGCUGGGUUCCGCGUCUGGAUUCUGUUCUUCCUGGUCAUGUGCUCAUUCUCACUUCUGUUUCUGGACUGGUACGACGGCUGAGCCACGGACCGGACCCUGUGUGUUUGUGUGAGAGAGAGAGAGAAAGAGAGAGAGUGUGUGUGUGUGUGAGAGAGAGAGAGAGAAAGAGAGAGAGUGUGUGUGUGUGAGAGAGAAAGAGAGAGAGUGUGUGUGUGUGUGUGUGAGAGAGCGAGUGUGAGAGAGUGAGUGCGUGUGUGAGAGUGAUUGAGAGAGUGCGUGUGUGAGAGUGAUUGAGAGAGUGCGUGUGUGAGAGUGCGUGUGUGAGAGUGAUUGAGAGAGUGCGUGUGUGAGAGUGCGUGUGUGAGAGUGCGUGUGAGAGUGCGCGUGAGAGAGUGCGUGUGUGAGAGUGAUUGAGAGAGUGCGUGUGUGAGAGUGAUUGAGAGAGUGCGUGUGUGAGAGUGCGCGUGUGAGAGUGCGCGUGUGAGAGUGCGCGUGUGAGAGUGCGCGUGUGAGAGUGCGCGUGUGAGAGUGAUUGAGAGAGUGCGUGUGUGAGAGUGCGCGUGUGAGAGUGAUUGAGAGAGUGCGUGUGUGAGAGUGCGUGUGAGAGUGCGCGUGUGAGAGUGCGCGUGUGAGAGUGAUUGAGAGAGUGCGUGUGAGAGUGCGCGUGUGAGAGUGAUUGAGAGAGUGCGUGUGUGAGAGUGCGUGUGUGAGAGUGAUUGAGAGAGUGCGUGUGUGAGAGUGAUUGAGAGAGUGCGUGUGUGAGAGUGCGUGUGUGAGAGUGCGUGUGAGAGUGCGCGUGUGAGAGUGCGCGUGUGAGAGUGAUUGAGAGAGUGCGUGUGUGAGAGUGCGUGUGUGAGAGUGAUUGAGAGAGUGCGCGUGUGAGAGUGCGCGUGUGAGAGUGAUUGAGAGAGUGCGUGUGAGAGUGAUUGAGAGAGUGCGUUUGUGGGAGUGCCCGUGUGAGAGUGCGUGUGUGAGAGUGAUUGAGAGAGUGCGUGUGAGAGUGCGCGUGUGUGAGAGUGAGAGAAUGCGUGUGAGAGUGCGUGAGGAAGUGCGUGUGAGAGUGUGUGUGAGAGAAUGUGUUUGUAUGUGUGGCUCUAGCAAACAAAUAUCACUCUAAGAAUGAUCUGAAUGGAACAUAUUAAAUAAUCUUGAAUAAAGCGUCUUCAGUUCA